AGGUGUCCGCGUCUCUACGACUUUGGCCCGGUCCUCGGACCCUUCUGCCCUUCUCCUUCUGGACCGAGCCUCGCACUGCGUCCUAACCUCCCUCUUUCUCUCUUUCUCUCUCUCGCUCUAUCUCUUUGGCCUUCCUCAUCGGUACGUACCAGUUCUCUCCCGGACGGACGCAGUCCUUAACGCGAAUGUGGUGGAAAAACGUGAACUCAGUCUCGGGCCAUGGCCUGGCCAGUGUGAGGUGUGUACUACGCGAGCGGGUGCUCGGGUGCGAAUGAGCCCCGACAGGCUGGACCCCGGACUGCCCUUCGGCCCGCGAGGAGGCGCUGCCUCCCGGGGGCACCAUGUGGGCGACCUGGUGAUCCUCCCCAGGUGGUGUGGCGCGACCUCGGCCGCGAUCCCGCCGACCGGCCUGGCGCCGGAACUUCGAUCGUGGAUUAACGACGCUACCGGAAACCACUACUGUUGGUAAGUAGUGGUCCCGAAAUAUCGAAAAUCGGCCCGCCGACGGGAGAUAUGCGCAGCAAGCAGCAACCGAGGCCUUCCUUCCGGUGGCCGCAGCAACGCGGCGAUAACGUUACCGGGGAGGACGGCGUAGAGGGCGCUGGACCGGGUACGGAUCUCCAGGGCGAAGAGGGCGACUGCGCGGACGAGGAUGGUCCUGUCAGCCCCAGCGAGAGGGGCUGCGUCCCGACGGCGAAGGAUGACGACGACGGGGAUGUCACCGACGAAGAGGACGACGACGACAUCUCGCCACCCGCCCCCUCUCCUUCGGCAUCCGCGAGGUUAAACCCGGUGGCACUUCGGGACACAGGACCUCCCGACAGGGAGCCAAUGAGUCCACGCUGUCCCUCGAGGGACUCCCGAGAAUCAUUUGGCCCAGCAAUCGGAAGUCCGCCUCCACCAGCAACGCGGAGCAGCGCGAGUCCGGUCAGUCCCAGCAGCAUCGUGCCUCUUCCCCUGGGGACGCAUCCGUUGCUGCCGCCCCAUUCAGCGGCCGUGAUGGCGGCCUAUCUCCAACAGACCCAUCAGCGACUGAUGCUGGGACAUUCCCCCUUAUCCCGGGGUUCGGUAUCCCCCCUGGUGUCGUCGUCUUGUUCCCCACCAGCAGCAACGCCGGGUCUGCUGGUGUCGCCUAACAGCGGGGGCGAGAUGUCCCCAUCGGCGACGCCCCUCCCAACGGUGCUGGACUUCAGCACGAGGAAAGCCUCGUCUACGGAGGAGGAAGAGGAGGAGCACAUCCUGAACCUCAGCAAGCCUCCUACGCCGUCUUCCUCGUCCGAGACGAACAACGGGCCCCUGGACCUGUCGGUUCCCAGCAGGAAGCGUCCAGGUCCGGAGGACUCGCCUCCUCCACCCCCUAGGAAGUCCUCCAGAUUGGCAUCUGCCGGCUCCCAUCAGGAGACAUCGCCAGUAGCUUCCUUCGGUAGACCCCCGGUGGUCUCUCCUUGGUCAACCCCUGUGGUCGCGUCGCACUUCCCCUACUUCGCGGCUGCGGUAGCAGCAGCAACUAGUCAGCAACAGCUCUCCCCGAAGAACACCGCCGGCGUGGAGCAUCAUCAGCUGUGGAACGGCAAGAUGAAGCCACCAGUGGCACUGGAGAAGCCCUACCAACCUAGCGAAGCUACCAAGGCCUUGGAGAAGAUGAGCGAGCUCAGCAAGCUGGGCGGGGAGGAUCUCUUCAGGCCAGGAGCUGGUCCCACGGGUCCUUCCGUGGCGACAGGCUCUAGCAGCAGGCACAGUGCCUGGCAGUCCCAUUGGCUGAACAAGGGGGCGGAUCAGGCCAAGGACGUACUCAAAUGCGUCUGGUGCAAGCAAAGCUUCCCUACGUUGGCAGCGAUGACGACUCACAUGAAGGAAGCCAAACAUUGCGGAGUCAACAUGCCCGUUCCUCCGACUGCUGGCAGUCUUCAUCCCCAGCAGCCGUCCAUUCCGACCAUUCCACCGCCCCAGCAACAUCAGCCCCAGACGUCGACCAGCAGCAGCAGUAACCCUGCCACCAGCAGCAAACAGAGCCCCUCGGAACUGAACCUGCUGAUCAAGGAGACCAUGCCCUUACCCCGGAAACUUGUCCGGGGACAGGACGUCUGGCUGGGGAAGGGUGCCGAGCAGACCAGGCAGAUACUUAAAUGCAUGUGGUGUGGUCAGAGCUUCCGGUCCCUGGCGGAAAUGACCUCCCACAUGCAACAGACUCAGCACUACACCAACAUCAUAUCUCAGGAGCAGAUCAUCUCGUGGAAGUCCUCGGACGAGAGCAAGGCCGGUGGCGGAGGUGGUGGUGGGCCUGCCGGAGGAGGUGCUGGGAGCGGAGGUGGACCUCCUGGAGGUGGAGGGGUCGUCCAUGGAGGUGGAGGUCCUGGUGGCGCGACCAGCAGCCACGUGAGCGCGGUGCUGACGUGCAAGGUGUGCGACCAAGCCUUCAGUUCGCUGAAGGAGCUCAGCAACCACAUGGUCAAGAAUUCCCAUUACAAGGAGCACAUAAUGCGCUCCAUUACAGAGAGCGGUGGCAGGAGGAGGCAGACUCGAGAAAAGCGAAAAAAGUCACUUCCGGUUAGGAAGCUGCUGGAGCUGGAACGCGCGCAGAACGAAUUCAAGAACGGCGACGCCUCGGGGGGUCUAGGACACACCCUGGGGAAGCACGCGGGCAGAAUCACCUGCGAGAAGUGCGGCGACAAGAUCGAGACGACCAUCUUCGUUGACCACAUACGUCAGUGUAUAGGCGCCGGAGCGGUGGGCAUCAAUCAGCGGAACUUUCUGAAGAGUGCACUGAUGUCCAACCACAUGCCCCCGGUGUCGAACACCGAGAGUGGCCGGAAGAGCGUCAACGAGGACACCUCGUCGGUGUCGUCCAGGCACCACCGGUCGCCGUCCUCGGCCAGCGACGCGACCACGCCUGGGAAGGAGACCCCCACACCCACCACGACUGAAACAACGAGUUCCUCACCUUCGGUACUGAAUGCCAUUGAAAAGCUGAUAGAGAAAAGCUUCGACUCGAGAAUAAGGCACGGGGCGGCGGGGCUUCACCACACCCAGGGUGGUGCUCCCAUGGGGUCCAGCAUCCUGAAGCGGCUGGGCAUCGACGAGAGCGUCGACUACACGAAACCACUCGUGGAUCCCCAGACGAUGAACCUGUUGCGCUCGUACCAGCAGCAACAGCAGCAGCAAUAUGGUGCCGCGAGCGUUGCCGCCAGGCGGGAACGCAGUGGUAGCGAGUCCAGCUCGAUAUCGGAAAGGGGAAGCGGUCGAACGGACGCCAUGACCCCGGAAAGACGGAUCGAUCUCCCGGUGAACCUGGACAGGCACUCCCACGGCCAUCAUCACCGAGUCACGCCGGAUAAACAGACCCCACUGCCCUCCUCGAGGCUCCAUCCCGAAGAGUCCGGCGAUGAGGAGCCUGUCAUCAAGAAGGAACCGCGGGAGGACGACGCCGAGGCGGGCCCUGGCGAGGACGACCAGACCCACGGGACGAGAGACGUCGUCGUGAAGAAGGAGGUGAUGGACGACCCUCGGGACGACGACGAUCAGUCGACCUACAAUCAUCAGAGGAGUACCCACGACCCGGGGGAAGACGGACGAGAGGGCCACUCGCCCCACGUCGGUCCACCCACGCCUAGACCCACUAGUCAGGUGGAGCAGGUGCCCAGGAGUCCCUGCAGGAACAGUACCAGCAGUCCCACCAGCAGCGACAGGUCCGUCACCCCCAGAGGUACCCCGGACACGAAGGCGUCCAGCAGCCUGGGUGCCCUGUCCUCCAUGUUCGACAGCCUGUCAGGGGGAGGUGGGACCUCGGGCAACGCCGGGGAGUCCCAGGGUCGCAAGACCAGCAGCCACCCUCUGGCGGCUCUGCAGAAGCUCUGCGACAAAACCGAGACCAGAGGCUCUUCCGGGAGCAGCGGGACCAGAUCAGGGUCCGGCUCGGCACCCACCAUUGGGCCCUCCAGCGGGUCAUCCGGCGUUCCUGGACCUGGACCCGGGGGCCCCACUCCCGGUGCCAUCCUCGCCUUCAGCUGGGCCUGCAACGACGCCGUGGUCACCGCGGACUCCAUCAUGAAGUGCGCCUUCUGCGACACUCCGUUCAUCUCCAAAGGGGCGUACAGGCACCACCUCUCGAAGAUGCACUUCGUCAAGGACGGCGUCAACCCGGACCCCCUUGGUAUCUCCAGGUCCGGGGGUCCUUCCUCGACCCCUGCUGGACAGUCCAACCCCACAGGCCCCAGCUCCUCGUCGCCGACGUCUCAGCGUAACAAGUCCCCACCCAUCCCCCAAGCCAACGGGAGCCCCUCUCAGCCUGUCGCCUCACCCCUGGAGGAAAGUCCCCAUUCUAAGUUUCUCAAGUAUACGGAAUUGGCCAAGCAAUUGUCCAGCAAGUACGUAUAGUCCGAGCCGAGUAAUUAGCGGUGCAACCUGUACAUAAGUGUAUCUAUAUGACUGCUGGGGAAAGAAAAAGAAAAGGAGCACUCGCCGGUCACCGUUGCUCCGGCUAUGACGAGUACUGCCGCGGUACGCGAAAGGGUCGUUGCGUUUUCUACCGCUUAGGAGGGAUUCAAUUUUCUGGGUUAACGAUGCAUCGCGCCAAGGGACACCUCCGAUUAGGGAGUCUAUCUAGGACUAGCUUCGGGGACGGACCAUCGAAUCCAGUCGUUUCCUUCCCCCCCGGUUUUCAUUCUCGACGUGCAUUUUUAAGAUAGAAAAUUGCAUUUAUCCGGAGGAGAGGCGGAAAGGCGAGGCUUGAUCUUUUCGCUUGUGAUGGCAGAGUAGCGGCAUCGGGUCCGGGAAUUAGAGUAGGUCGUUAGAAGUCCUGGGGGUCGUCGUUGUUGCGUAGGGCUCGCCAAAGGGUGCGAGGGUCCUACCAGGACCUCCUAGUGGAAUCUCGGAUCGAACCGAGCCCUGUGGCUCCGCUUUUAGCACGUUUAAAAAAAUAAAAAAAGAAACGCGCUUUUUAUGGACUCUCGCACCAUUUCGCGCCGGUCUACGGAACGGGAGCGGAAUGAGAGCAAGGCGAAUCGUCGAAGGGUCAAUCGAUUGUGAUGCCACCAUAUCUCGCGGCGCUGCUGAGUCUCGGUGCUCGGCACAGGCCCAAGUUGUGAUUUUAUAAUAAUAUUACUUAAGGCAGUUUAAACGGAGAAAAAAAAAUUAACACAAGGAGCCGAACGGCCGGACGGAGUACUCGACUAGAAGAUGCUUUUUGUUCGCGCGAGGGAGGACCUAUAAACCUUGUCGGCCGAUCGUCAGCAUGUAUACCUCUAGGCUGUAAGACAUAGUUAACUAAUAGCGUAGGAUAGGCUAGGCGACCUGUUAAGGAUUCCCUUUGUUGAGAAUUAUAGCCGGUAAAAGAAAUAAAAAAAACUACGCUAAGGACGCGCACGUCGCGUUCCUUCCGCAUAAGGACGACCCUCGGGGGCGCACGACGACGACGCGGUGCAAUAUUCUUAGGGUUUAUUAUUGCAGCAUUGCAAAUAUACAAACAAACAAAAAAAGGAAUAAAGAAACGGAGGGGCGCACUCGCGCUACGAACUCGGGCUGCUCGGGAGGGGGGAAGAGGGAAGGGGGCCACUGGGGUUGAACCGUGUAGAACAUUGUAAAUUUUCCUUGUUUUAAAAGAACAAAAAAAAAAUGAAGUGAAGUAUUUAUUAUGCGCCAGGUUAAGCGAACGCGUCAUUAUGUAUAAAAUAUUAUCAUUACUAUCAUUCGGAUUAUCGCGAUAUUGUGUAUAUUAUUAUUAUCUAAUAUAAAUAGCGAGAGGGGGGCGGCGGGGAGCGAAGGGGUUGAAAGGUGGAACCGAGAGAAUGCUUCGGGGUGAAAGUGGAUUAAUGCGUGGAUGAGAGUCUGACGAAUCUGUGUGGGAGGGUGUGACAGUGGUACCGGAAGCGGAAGCAAAGCGGAAGCGAGCGAGGGCACCUGAGGGGAACCGGGAGGAACACACACACACACUUGUAUACGUAUUUCUUGUAAACUCUAAUUCUUCCAUCGCGGACUUUAAAAAAGUAUUUAUCGACAUAAUAAUAAUAAUUAAUAUUAUUAUUGUAAUUACAUACGACUGCUGACAGAAAGCGAGAGAGAGAGAAAGAGAUUGAGUGAAAGGGAGGGAGAGAGAGAGUAGAGAGAGAGAGAAUGAAGGGUGAGCGAGGUCGACAUCGACACACCUACAUUCGAACCGAACAACCAAUCCAAAACGACACACCACCUACACCCACCGAGACACACACGCGGCUGACAAGCGACCACAAAUAUGCAUCAUGUAUACGCGAUAAGAAAAAAAAAAGGAAAAAAAAAAAUAAUAAGAAACUCUUGAAACCAUUUUACCAGAUUUGUCAUUAUUUAAUUAUUUCGGUUGUAUUUUAAAAUGCAAUUAAAGCUCAAAUAAAUAUAUAUGUUAUAAACUGAA